AUGCCCAUCACUAGGAGGCCCAAAGUCCGUUCUGCUUCCGGGGCAUCGAGUCAGAGGAGCUUAUCUUUCACGCGGAAAUGCCUAUCGAGGGGUCCGAAUAACCUGAAAAAUAAGAUUUUCCGGACUUCCAAGGCUGAGCUUUAUUCCCAUCAACUCGCGUAUACUGUUCCUAAACAAGCGAACUGCCAUCCUAUUUUGUUGAGAUGCCACAAACAAACUGGCUCCGCUGAGGGGAGUGGGCUGAUGACAAGUUUAGUACAGUCUCUCGAUGUCUGCAAGUGUUUGGCUGCUUUAGACGAAAGUCAACUAAAUCUCUCCAAAUAUGCUUCUCUCCUGUUUCUCCCCUCCUCACACAAACUUUCACUGGAGAUAAUCUCACCCGAGGUGUCAAUUUCCCUUAAGCGUUUACGCUCAAUUUCAAAUGGCCAGCGAAAAAGAUGCAGCAGACUGUCAGCUGGACAAAGUUCAUCGAGGAAAUUGGCAAGAGCGAGAUGGUUAAAUGAUCUUGCUCCGGACGAAUUCAAUCACAAUGGAGAUGAGUUUACAAAUGUGAAGUCGGCUAGAUUCACCAAUGUCAACAGAGACGCGUGUACGCAAAAGCCGGUUUUUGUCAACAAUGAUCCAGUCGAGGACGCGACUCAGAUGGGCAGGCCCGAGCCCCACGGCUUGCCAGCUAUUCGGGUUGAAAAUCAAGACCAGCAGCCGCCACCACCACUAAAUACCAAUCAGCCUCACGUUUGGUACAGCGUUGACGAAGAGUCGACUGAUUCGGAGCUGGUGGACGAUAGCUCAGAAAGGUCGAAGUACACAAAACAGGCUCCGAAAAGUCUAACUGAACGGGAGUUUUUGGUGAGUCGACCGUAUUUAGGACCUCACGACGACCAGCAACUCUCUACCAGACUGAUCAGUAGACGUGGAGACUUCCUUCGUUCGGAGGGGCUCGGAUGCGAGAUUGGGGACUAUGGCUGCUACACAGCCUGGUCCCGUAACACUUUACGCACCAUCCAAUGCAGGCCUGCCUCUAUGUACGGUGAUAGACUGUGGGUAUCUGAACAAACUGUACCUGGUGUUGGUGAUGUAGUGCUACUCCAAGAGCCAGAGCACAACUUUUCGGCUAGAUUACUUCACAGACCGCGGAACUCAAUUUGUCUUCGAGCUAAGAGUUUCGGCCUUAAGCAUAAACAACACGUGGUUCAAUUGCUG